AUGCCUCUAGAACAGAUCAGACCCGUCGCAGCGCUCAACUCGUCCGAGUCGCUGCGGCGUCAGAGCUACUUUGACUACGCUCCAUCUUCUUCCUACAACACCUCGCAACACAUUCAAGACGAUGCCGACAGCGACUCGGACAGAGAGCACGUGGGUGGUGAUGACGACGACUACGAUGCAUACUCCGACCGCCACAAGCGAUACUCGACCUCUUCACGCUCAAGCGAGUCGAUGAGCCUCGCUAAGCUUGGCGGCGUAGGAGGUGUCACCCGCUCAGGAAGCUGGGGUCGCAACUCUUUGCCAGAAGCUUCGCUCUCGUCUCGACAGACGGGUGAUGAUAAACGCUCCUCCUUGUUCAAAUCACACCACUCUUCACUUGCCAGGUACAACGAGGAUGACGAGGAUGGAGAGGGUUCUGCCGGCUCUUCGGAUGUUGCGACGAGCGACGCAACCUUCAACCCGCCAGGUCGGCGCAGCUCCGAUAGCGAACACGUCACCGCCUCGCACCCGACUCUGUCUACCUCUCUAGAUCAACCUCGAUAUGUAGGCGCACCAGCGUCUUCUCGCACAUCCACUGCAUCCUCCGCUGCCGCUUUCUCUCUGCGCUCGUUGUCCAAUCGCAACUCGACAGGCAGCGUAUCAAGUUCGGCCUCUUCCAUCGUGUCUCGAGGCGAAAUCGACCGACUCACCACGACAAACCCGACAGAAUCGCCUCACACCAUGGAUACGAACUUGAUUGAGAAGCUGGCCGAGCCCUCACAUUCAUCAUCUGUCACCGCACCUUCGAGCCCCGCACGGAUCGACACGAUCGAUCAACAAGAGCGCGACGAGAGCAGCACCACCGAAAGAGAGGACGCUUCAGAUGCGGCAAGUGAAAAGACAGCAGAUUCUGGUACGCCCUGUGAUGAGGCCUCCGUCGCUGCAGAGCCUCCGGCCGCCCAACAGCCAGAGGAUACGCGGAGUGUGACCAGGAACCCACAACCGCCAUCGAACGUCGAGAGCGACGCCGUCGUUGCAGAGGCAACACCCGCUCUCCGACAGCCAUUCACACCAACAACAAACGAAAGUCAGCCGAUGGUCUCUCCUGUCGCGGAUCCUUGUCUGACGCCCAGCGCCGAGGAGCUUUUCACGUCUUCGGCUACUCACGUCUAUUCACCACUCGUUCCACGUCGUCAUUCAGGAAUGAUCAUGAUUCGGUCACGGUCCCAGCUGGGUCUGCAUCCUGGCCUCGCCAUGACGUUCGCUAACGCAGACGGAGGUAGAGCGGCUGCUCGAGAGCGUGCUCGCAAACAGAGCGGCUGGGAAAAUGCUCCAUUCAGUGUCCUCGAAGCUCAACGACAUGCCCGCUCCUUUGCCUAUUCACAGCCUUCGUCACCGCCCAGCGCUACGACCGCCCCGGUGGCGUGGGAUACCUCCGCUCCUGCUUCCUUCUUGCAGCCUGCUGCCAGCGUCACUGAGCAGCCGACCGUUCGAUCACCAAAGACAUCAGCGCGUCCUCUCGAUCGUCCAGUUCUGACUCCGCAGUCAUCACCUUCGCUGCCGCAGCCAAGUAAGGGCGCAGAUGCCCUCGUGCCAGCGCAACGUCCAGCUCCUUUGGCGCGCCAGAAGUCAGAACUCGUGCUGUCUCGCUCGGCUCUGGGUCGCAUCGACACACUACUCGGUUCGCCAAGCAACACUAGCAUCGAAACUUCCCGCCCUCCGUCCGCAGACAGUGCGACGAUCUCAACGUCGCCUGGCUCCAGGCUUCAACCUGUCCGAUCGCCAUCUGGCUCUGCCAUCGUCGGCGCCAGCAGUGUGCUCCGGACGCCCACUACAGAGGAGUGGUCCCGAUACCUAGAGAGCCAAGGCGUCGGACUCGGCGGCAGGAGAAGUCGAUCGGGAACCAGCUUCAGCUCGGGCUCAUCAGCACACCGAGGAAGUCGUCUGGCCCUUUCGAGCCUAUCAUCUACGUCCAAGCCCGACCUCAACGUCGGAGCGGCCGACUACGAUGACGAUAGCGAACUCGACAGCGACGACUCAGACGACCACGAUCUCGGCGUCGAGGUCAUGGAGAAGCUCAAGCAGCUCGGUCUCAGCCGUGCUGCUAGCAGAGCUGGCUCGGUGUUGGGAGAUGAGCUGGCCAGCCUGCACGAGGUGGACGAAGACGACCUCUCGCCAAUUUCGCCUCAGGUGCACCAGCUUCUGGCUCAGGCAGACGUAACGCCUCUCACACCCCUGGCCUCGACCAACAAGACACUUGCACCUGGAUUGGGCGGUCAGAGCAGCUCCAACACACCGCAGGCUACGCUCGAGCGAGGGAUCACAGUGCGCCUACCGCGCAGCAAGAGACCUACAGUGGUCGGCGAGUUACACGCUACAGCACACCUUCAUCCGCAGGACCAAAGAGACGAAAAGGGCAUUGCUGACUUCGAGAUUGUCUCUGACAUUGGUCGUGGUGCUUAUGGUCUGGUCAAGAAAGCGCGCAGGAAAGGUCCCGACGGUCGUGCGCAAGGUGAAGAGGUCGUCAUCAAGUACAUCAUCAAGAGUCGUAUUCUUGCAGAUUGUUGGCGCCGUCACCGUGUGCUGGGUCCCAUUCCGGUCGAGAUCCACGUCAUGGACCAGCUGCGGCGCAUUGCAUACGUGGCACCCACCAAGCCGCGACCAUGGUCGCCCAAACGUCCUACAACGCUGGAAGAAUAUCGUACGCAGAAACGGCUGGAGGCAGAGCAAAAAGACGCGCCGGUGAAGACCGGAGCAGUUCCUGCAACGCCGACUUCGCACCCAAACAUCUGCAGGAUGCUCGACUUCUUCGAAGAUCACGAGUUCUAUUACCUGGUGAUGCCAUGCUUCGGCCGCGGCCAAGAUUUGUUCGACUAUGUCGAGAGCGCGCCGGAUGGUCUUGCAGCUUCUCAGUGUCGUAGCAUUUUCGGUCAGGUAGCCGAUGCGCUCUGGUUCCUGCAUGCCAACAACAUUGUGCAUCGAGACAUUAAAGACGAGAAUGUCGUGUUGGAUGGUGAGGGCAAUGCGCAACUCAUCGACUUUGGCAGUGCCGCUCACGUCCGUCCGGGCAAGCUGUUCGACACGUUCAGUGGCACGUUGGACUACGCUGCCGCCGAGAUCCUGCAAGGAGAAAAGUAUGCUGGCCAGGCUCAGGACGUCUGGGCGCUCGGCGUGGUUGGCUUUGUGCUCUUGUGCGGAGAAUGUCCUUUCUGGAACGGCGAAGAAGCGGUGCAGGGCUUGGAGGAGGGUACAAGAGCCGCUCAGACGUUGAAGGAAAGGUGCAUGAUUGCGCGAGGCGGGCAUGCUGAUCCGGAGGAUCUCAUGGAUCAGGACCUCGACCUGGCACCGCUUGACCCGGCAUGGUCGCCGCGCAAGGGCAAGGAAGGACCGGAGCCUGACGGUGGUGGACGGGUGGACGACUUUGUGGAUCUCAUCUCGCGCUGCCUCGAGCUGGAUCCCGAAUUGAGGCCGUCCGCCGAGCAGAUCUGUCAACACCGAUUCCUCGCUGGGUCUGCAGGCUGGACCGGGCGUCGCGGGUGGCAGCGACUUAAAGAGCCGCUUGUGCCGUCUUGCACCACCUCGAACGAAAGCAAAGCAGCUGUAGCCACAGCGGCGGCGGCAGCAGCAGCAGUCUCUCCGAUGUGA